AUGCAGCCGAUGCACCCGCAGCAGAUGCGCCCGCAGCAGAUGAUGAACCCGCAGCAGAUGAUGAACCCGCAGCAGAUGAUGAACCCGCAGCAGAUGAUGAACCCGAAGGACGUGCACCCGGAGCAGAUGCACCCGGAGCAGAUGCACCCGGAGCAGAUGCACACGGAGCAGCAGCAGCAGCAGCAGCAGCAGCAGCAGCAGCGGCUGCAGCAACAGCAGCAGCAGCAGAUGAUGAUGCACCAGCAGAAGCAGGGUACGCGGAUGCGGGCGCAAUUGUCGAGCAUGUGGAUUCAUUUGACAAGUUUAGCGUGGAUGGUAGCUUGGAUUUCGUCGACGAUGUGGAUGACAUGGAUGAUCAACCAAGACCGCCAGAAGAACUCAUCCCAAUAG